AUCCAUCGUCUGCUCACCACCGUCCCUCAUCCCAUCUGCCUCAUGAACAUGUAGUAUUCUUUUCGCUCACCUGCGCCUUUCUGGCGGUUGUGAGUGAGCCAGCUCUAACCGAAAUGGGCAACCUACGCAAUGGCUGGAGUCGCUCUUUCCCUACUGGUGAAGGAGCGCUGUUCCCUUCUGCUUCUGCUGCUUCUACUUCUUAUUCGCUGCUCUCCUUUGCUCUCUCUUCUUUUCUUUCUCUACAUCCCAGGCGGCGUUUGCUACUUGUCUCAACUUUCAUUGCUGGAGUCAUCCUCACGGUAAUCAUGAAGAGAGAACAGCUGCUUUGGCUGUUGACGGCCGCGGCGGGUGCCAGGCCGCUGCUGGAGUAUCAACAGGGCACCAAGUUCGAUUAUCCGGGCCUACGGUUUGACUACGACCGUAAGUUCCAUAUUACCAUGUUCAAUGACCUGCACCUCGCGGAUGGAGGGGUCCUUCCAUACCGCCCAGACGCGGAUGACAAGACGAUCGGCGUCAUGAACGCGGUUCUGAACUCCGAGCCCAACACCGACCUCGUCAUUCUCAACGGCGAUCUCAUUUCCUGCGAAUGGGUUGCUCCCGAAGACGCCAACAAGCACAUUGACAAGAUCAUGCAGCCACUCCUCGACCGCCAGCUUCCUUGGGGUACCACGUUCGGCAACCAUGACUACUCCAAGACAUGUAACGUGCGGCUCAUGUCCGAGCACCAAUGGGAUGUUGGCAAUGCGAACGGCCGUCAACUCACCUGGACUACAUCAUCCGUUACGGGCGACUACAACCAGGUCGGCUCAAGCAAUUACUACAUCCCGAUCUACGACUCUGCCGGUGGCGGAAAUCCGAACCUCAAGAUGAUCAUUUGGCUCUUCGAUAGCAAGGGUGGUAGGAAAUACCAACCGCAAGGCGAGGAUGAGUCCAUCGCUGACUGGGUGGAUGAGAGGGUUAUCUCAUGGUUCCGCUUGACGAGAGAUCAGUUGAAUCAGGACCACGGCAAGACCAUCCCAAGCAUUGCCUUCGUUCACAUUCCGCCGCAUGUAACAGAAGCAUUUCAACGCAAAGGUGGACGUACUUCUACACAAGAACCUGGACUCAAUGAAGAAGUAAUCAGUCAUCAAGGCAAUGUUUGCGACCCAUCUGGCCACAACUGCGACUAUGCCGGAAAGGAUAUCCCGUUCAUGGAGGCUCUAGUCGAGACAGAGGGCUUGAUGGCUGUGUUUUCGGGCCACGAUCAUAAAGUUGAUUGGUGCAUGAAAUGGUCCGCUACCAAGCCAGUCCCCAACAACCAGCCUGCCAAAGGCAAUGGUAUGCACUUUUGCUUCGGCAGGCAUACAGGCUACGGUGGCUAUAGCGACUACGCACGCGGCGGGCGGCAUAUUGUCAUCGAGGAAGACAAACUAGGGCAAAGUGUGCUCGAGACUUGGAUUAGGCUUGAGGAUGGCACUAUCUCUGGCAAGGUCACGUUGAACGCUACCUUUGGAUACGAUCAGUAUCCUGCGGUCAAGAAGACGAAGACCACCGGUUCUAUCGGUGAUAUCUCGGACAGCGGCGUCUCGGUCGAAAACAAGCCAGAUACGACGACAACCACCGACAACCAAACCAAAGCCGAAGGUCAAGCCGACGCCCAAGCCUAAGCAUAAGCCGAAGCCGAAGCUCAAACCGAAGCCUAAGGGAAAGGGCAAGCAUCUGCCCUAGGUGCAUCUUCGUCAUCAUGAUCAUGAACCUUUGCAGUUCUAGUGGUGAAAGACUUGCUCUUGUGCGCAGAAUGGUACAUUCACGGCCUGCUUUUGGGAGCGAUUAAGGGAUAUGGCGGUAUAAUAUACCCGGUGCAUGUCACUAGCAAUGAAUGGAAAUAGUAGUAUGGAUUUCAGCUACUAUAAAGCAGCCCUUGGUUGCUUGCUCGUCCAAGAGACAAAAUGAG